AAAAUCACAUGUGUGUACGAAAAUCAGAAUCGGAAUCAGCAUCAUUAUCGGCAUCACUAUCUCCAAAACCAUAGUUGUUGUUCUGUCCUGUAUAUAGCGAAAGAAAAAGAGAGCGAGCGACUUUGACUUUUCCGAUUUCAUUCAUUCUUUCUCUCUUUCUCAGUCAAAAUUCAUUCCUCCAGCUCAAACACAAUCGCGCGCGCCAAACAGGGUUUGUUGACAUUUAGAGAAUCUCUACGUUGACCAACAUGAGUGUAGAUCUGACGAAAACUGCCACUAAUGGCCAUGAGAAAAUAUUAAUACCGCAAGAGCAGCAGGCAAAGAUCAAUGAGAUGAGAAAGCUAAUAGGGCCACUCUCUGGUAAGGCAUUGAUUUAUUGCUCUGAUGCAUCCAUCGCGAGGUAUUUAAGGGCACGGAAUUGGAAUGUCAAGAAGGCAGCUAAAAUGUUGAAGCAGACCCUUAAAUGGAGAGCAGAAUAUAAACCAGAAGAGAUCCGCUGGGAAGAUGUUGCUCAAGAAGCCGAGACUGGAAAGAUCUACAGAUCAAAUUACAUCGACAAACAUGGCAGAACAGUACUUGUAAUGAGACCCGCUCGUCAGAAUUCGAAGUCAACAAAAGGACAGAUUAAGUAUUUGGUGUACUGCAUGGAGAACGCUAUUCUGAAUCUUCAAAACGAACAGGAACAGAUGGUUUGGCUGAUUGAUUUCCAGGGUUUCAAUAUGUCACAUAUAUCUAUCAAAGUGACACGCGAAACUGCUCACGUAUUACAAGAACAUUAUCCUGAAAGGCUGGGUCUGGCAAUACUCUACAAUCCACCAAAAAUCUUCGAGCCAUUCUUCACGAUGGUAAAGCCCAUAUUAGAGACCAAGACCUAUAACAAAGUCAAGUUUGGUUAUUCUGAUGAUCAAAACACCAAGAAGAUUAUGGAGGAUUUGUUUGAUCUGGACCAUCUUGAAUCCGCAUUCGGUGGAAACGAUAAUACACCAUUCGAUAUAAAUAAAUAUGCUGAGAGAAUGAAAGAGGAUGAUAAGAAGAUUCCAUCUUUCUGGACAACGGAAACCUCUCCAUCCUCAGUUCCAAUUGAUGUUCCUUCUUUAGAUUCCAUUAAACUAGACACCGAUUCUGAUGCUUCUGACAAUGAGAAAAUAGUUCGUUCUUCUGACUCAGUGGCGGACACCAGAUUAGUCAACCCCGAUCAAAAUUCAGUUAAUCAAGAGGAAGUGAAUGUGAGUGCUGCUGUGCAUUAGAAUGAGAAAUAACACAACUCAGCGCCGAAAUUUAUAUAUAGGCACCGAGGUUAUACAAUGCUGGGACAUUAUUUUCUUGCUUGAAAUUUAGAUUCAAGAGACCAUUUGUUAACUUGAUGUUGGAUUUAAGAUGACAGAUGAUUUUAAUUGCUGGAUUAAAAUUCUAACA